AUGAAGCCCUCCUUCACACUGAACAGCAACAACAAUGUUGGCCAACUCCUCGUCUCCUUCCAAUUCAUCAACCUCCAGUUGAAAUGCUCCCGGGCGGAUAUUUUAAAAGUGGAAAUAGCAUCGACCUGCAUCGAAGGAUCGGUUGCCACCAAGCCAUCGCUGUGUAAAGUUGAGAACGAUUGCAACCUUAAUUAUCAGUGGAAUUCUGAUCAGAUUCCUUUGUUGAGUCCGAUAAUUGACGAUCUGGAGCAGCUGGAGGAACAACAUCUACUUCUCUCUGUCUACAAUGAUGCUCUGGAAUCGCUUGGUUGGUUGUAUGAUGCUCCGUUCAAGUUUGCUUACACUGAUUAUGAUGAUGACAUUGUUGAUGACAGCGAUGUUGAAUGCAAUGACGUUGAUGAUUACAAGCAUGAUUAUGAUUCUGUUGCGAUAAUUUUUUAA